UGGGCGGGGCGUCGUCUCGGCCGUCAGUCAGUCCGCCAUGCUCCUCACUCUGCUGCAGCGCUGUGGACGGAGUGCACUGACAGCACCGACAGCCAGGACCCUGCAGGCGGUCAACAGACGCUACUCCUCCUCCAACAUGGCGAAGCGCGUGGCCGUGGUGCUGGCGGGCUGCGGGGUUUAUGACGGCAGUGAGAUCCACGAGGCCUCCGCUGUGCUGGUGCACCUGAGCAGAGGCGGUGCGCGUGUGAACAUGUUCGCCCCCAACAUCGACCAGAUGCACGUGGUGAAUCACCUGAAGGGCGAACCGUCUGAGGAGAAGAGGAACGUGCUGGUGGAGAGCGCCAGGCUGGCCCGCGGAAACAUCCAGGAUCUCUCCAAACUCAGCGUGAAAGAGCACGACGCCGUCAUAUUCCCAGGCGGCUUCGGGGCAGCUAAGAACCUGUGUACCUGGGCGGUGCAGGGGAAGGACUGCUCCGUCAACGAGGAGGUGAAGGCCGUCCUGCAGGCGUUUCACGGCGAGGGCAAACCCAUCGGUCUGUGCUGCAUCUCUCCCGUCCUGGCCGCCAAGGUGUUUCCUGGGUGUGAGGUGACCGUCGGCGUCGAAAACGAUGAAAAGUGUCCGGGCACCGCCGACACCGCAGCAGCCAUCAACCAGCUGGGCUGCAAACACGUGAGCAAGAGCGUCGGCGAGAGCCACGUGGACCAGAAGAACAAGCUGGUCACCACCGCCGCCUUCAUGUGCGAAGCCCCCAUCCACGAGAUCUUUGACGGCAUUGGGUCCAUGGUGCAGGGCGUCCUGAAACUCGCCUGAUUCAACUCCCAGAGGGAGAGUUUGGUUUGUGGUAGCUGCAGGUGAUUAGAUUUGAACGUAUUAAUAAAAAACACUCACAGAUACUGAAAUCUGGUAGAUCUGAUCGAUGCAACGUCUGAUUUAUUUUUUCGUUGAAUAGCAUCAGACGAAAGCGCUUAGUGGAUUACAUUCUGCCACAGUGGCUUCAUUUAAAGUUAAUACAGGGUCGGUUGAUUGUAUUGUGCACAAUAUUUAAAUAAAAUGAGGAAAACAUU